AUGGCCGCCUGCAAGUACGACGACCUCAAGCCCGGCGAGACCAUCUUGACCAACGACGGCUCGUGCGCAACUGCUUGCGUACUUGGCCGCAACUGCUCGGUCGUCGAGACCCUCCCGGCGAAUGCGACCCGCUUUGAUUUUGCCGCUGGCUACCUCCUCGGCGACCUCUCGCACCACGCGCCGGCCAAUCUCACCAUGGUCAACGUCCAAGACCGUCAUUUGACGCACAAGUACCGGCAGCUGCCGGCCAGUCUUCGCUCGCUAAGGCUCGACAGCUAUACCUUGGACACCUUGUACAACGUCCCUGUUCCCAGAGGCCUCGAAUAUUGGACGCUCUCCAACUCGACCAAAUCAGUGAGCGUCUAUGCGUCUCGCUUGCACCGCCUCCGCGAAUUGGUCAUUGCCAACAGCAGCGUCUGGCUAGAGAGUGAACUCCCGCCCACGUUAACCUAUCUGCACUUGGACCCGGUCAACGACCUUAAUCUCUACAAGCGCGACUUGUCGAGCCUCGAUCGACUGGAGGUGUAUAACGUCACCAGACUCGAAGAAUGGCAGCUCUCGGACCGCCUGCAACACUUUGUGUGUCCCAACUGCAACAUCACGACAGCAACUCUUGACACCAAGUCGUUUCGUGCGCUCCAGCGCCUCGAACCGACAACGAGCUUUCACGUCCGAAGGCUUGAGGCUGGGUACUGCAUGGGCGAGAAGCUACGCGUGAUGCCCCUCUGGGACGCCUACCCCCAGUACACGGUGUGCAUCAUCUCCGACGAGACUUCGUAUCUCAGUCGUCUCAACCUUUGGGGUACGUUUGGCAUAUGCUGACUCGUCAACGUCACAGCCAAACUACGUAGAGCUUAUCUCGUAUGCCCUUAUUGCGGGCUCGCUGCUCACGAUUGCUGGUAUCAUCUCCUGUCUCUACUACACAAGCAAGUCGUGUGCUACAUCCCGCCGAUCGGCCGACG